UUCACUUUAUGGUGCGCACCAAACCUCACUCUCAUCCUUACCAUGUUCCAAAGUAACGGGACAAUGUAAAUAAAAGUAAUCCCCAGAAGAACCUCUUAUACACGCAAUGGAAACAAAAGGCAUCGUUUUUAAAAAAAUGCUCCUGUAUAAUUACAUAUAAAGCUAACCUUAAGAAGCAAAAUCGUAUGUACUCAGUGCCUAAUUCAGAAAAGAUACAACAAUAUCAUAUUUCAACAAAUGUCUUAAGAUACCCUACUUCAACGGUAAAAUUUCGAGCGCGUGAUGAUACAUUAAUUUUUUCAGAUCAUAAAGUUAAUUUUCAUUUUUUCGUAAUCUGGUGUUGUAAAUGUUAUAUUUUAGCAACCAACACGCCGUUUCAAAAAGUCAUAACAUCAUCAGUAUGUAUUACCGCAUCGGAUGUUGAUUCAUGCAUGUAUAUAUCAAUCUUCUAAUACCCAUACAUUUUUUAAUGAAUCAAUAUAUAUGCAUGUUUGAUUUCGUUCUGCCUGCUUUUAAUGGUUAACAGGCGAGGUUAAUAAAACUCUUGUAAAAUACUCUUCAGGCAGUGUUAAAAAAAGUUUAACUGUCGAGCCAUCAUGAGGUAUUUAAUUCAAAUUAGGUUUACUUUGAUUUUACAAACCGUCACAGCAUUCGUAUUUACAAACAAAAAUGGAGUUUUAAUUGAAUACAGUAUUGAUUUAAAACAAAAGUGUCAAGCCGUGGAUCAACAGUUCGCCUUCAUAUACGGAUUAUCAAUAGCUCAAUGCGUAGAAGAAUGUGGUUUAAGACCCCAUUGUGCGUCGCUAAAUUUUUGGAGACGUGCCGACGCUUGUGAGCUGUUUUCCUCGGCAGUCGAUGGCACAGUAGAAAACGGAAAUUGUGUUCACGUACUUGCAGAGGAUAUAGAUGUCAAGGAGAAACCAUGUUCCGAGUGUGUAAAUGGUGAAGUUUGUGACACCAAAAGCAGAGUCUGUCGUUUGAAAGACUGUUCGCAGGCAACUGUUCCGGAAAACGGAAAGAUAUUGGGUAAUGUAAACAAGAUAGGUAGUUGGAUACAAUACAAAUGCAAUACCGGUUACAUCACACAGAAUGGAAAACAAAGAGCUAUGUGCUAG